CUGGCGCCGUUCCUGUACCCAUCCCUCUACGCGCCCCGAGCAGGCCACUCCGCCCGCGUCAUUGCUCGGGUGUCCCUCCAGAAGCGAUGCACCUCAACCGUCAAUAACCUCCCAGAGUCUCGCCUAAACCCCGCCCCGGAAGACUUCUCCUCGCCCAGUUUCGCCGACAAGACCGAACUGACCCUGUAUGCGGGACGUGGUGGCAAUGGCUGUGUGUCGUUCCUGAGGGAGAUGUUCCUCGCCGAGGGCCCCCCCAAUGGCGGCGACGGCGGGGCUGGCGGUAACAUCUACAUACAAGCUGCCUAUGGCGAGACUUCUCUGCACAAAAUCGCCCGGAAGCAGUUCGUUCGUGCGGGCCGCGGCAAGCACGGUCAGGGCAGCGCAAAAGGCGGUACUAAGGGCGACGAUGUUGUGAUUACCGUGCCGGUCGGGACCAUUGUUCGCGAGAUCGAGCGAUCGGACCCAGCCGCCGAGGAGGCCAUGAAUAUCAAGGUUUACCAGGCGGUCCAGAAAGAAAAAAGGAAAGAGGUCAGAUUGGCCGAGGAAGAGCGUAGGAGGAAGCAAAAACAAAAGGCCCUUGCCAAGACUCAAGGGGAGGAGGUGGACGAGGCAGAGGAAGAGCUUGAGGAAGAGCCGCUGGAGAGAUCAUCUCGAGCCAUUGAGAUGGAAGAGGACGAGGAUCCAGACCUGGACGAUCCCACUCGUCAUAAAUGGCUGCUAUAUCCAGGCAUGUCCAAAAACGACAUGAAAGGGUCAGCUUUUCCUCGACUACCCCGACGCACCAAAAUGUAUAAUCAGCCUCCGGCGCCCGUCCAUCUCGACCUGUCAAGACCAACAGUACAGCCCAUAUUACUUGCCACUGGAGGCAUCGGCGGGUUAGGCAACCCCCACUUCACCUCCAAAGAUCAUCCUCGCCCAUUCUUUGCGACAAAGGGUGAGGAUGCAGUUACAAUGAAGAUCGAGCUCGAACUCAAGCUCCUGGCCGAUGUAGGCCUCGUCGGCCUGCCCAACGCGGGCAAGAGCACCUUGUUGCGAUCACUCACCAACAGUCGGACGAGAAUCGGCAACUGGGCCUUCACCACGCUCCAGCCCAACAUCGGCACCGUCGUCCUCGACAAAUACUCUGGCCGGCCAGCCGUCUCAGCCUCCAUGCGCCGCAACCCCGAUGGCAGCCAGGACACCGAGCGCCGCACCCGCUUCACCAUAGCCGACAUCCCGGGCCUCAUCGAGGGCGCCCACCUCGACCGAGGCCUGGGCAUCGCCUUCCUCCGUCACGUGGAGCGCGCCGCCGUCCUCGCCUUUGUAAUCGACCUCGGCGCCGGCAACGCAGUCAAGGCGCUCGAUGCCCUUUGGCGCGAAGUCGGGCUGUAUGCCCAGAUGCGGGAGGAGGAAGAGCACGACCGUGAGGUCGAGUCCAAGAUUGACUGGGACCUGACUUCGCCCGCCCAGGUCAACCUGCUCAAUGCCGACGUCGCCGCCCUCGACGCCCCGCCGGCUGCUCUGGACAUCACAGGCAAACCCUGGUUCGUCGUGGCCACAAAGGCAGACCUCCCCGAAACGCAGGCCAACUUCCGCGAACUGAAGGCGUACCUUGAAAGCAUCACAAAAGGCGACGCCCCCCAUCCCAGCGGCGUUGAGUCUUCCUGGACAAAGAACUGCACCGCCAUCCCAGUGAGCGCCAUCAACGGCCAGGGCGUGGAUCGUAUCACCCACUGGACAGUCGGCCUCCUAGACGAGUAA